AAGCUAUACUCCUCAUCAGAACUUAAAUACCACACAGCAGCAAAAAUGGCCCACAAUCAGAACCCCGGCAACUUCGCCAACCGCCCUCACGAAGAGGUUGAGAAUAUCGCUAGCAAGGGAGGCCAGUCCAGCCAUCAGGGUGGUUUCGCCAGCAUGGAUGAAGCCAAACAGAGGGAUAUCGCCUCCAUGGGUGGCCAGGCCUCGACAGGCAGUUUCCGUCCUGGAGACCCCAGAGCUAGAGAGGCGGGACACAAGGGUGGGCUUGCAUCGGGUGGGAGCUUUGAGCCUGGAGAUGAAAGAGCCAAGGAAGCUGGUCACAAGGGUGGAAAGGCUACUGGACACCCGGAGGAAUAAUGGCAUGAUAUGCUCAUGAGUUGAAGAUCG